UACCAGCUAACUCAUUCAUUCCCAUUCCAUUCCACCAAUAUCAAUCUAAUUUCCAUUUUGCUUGUGAAUUUUCUGCUUAUUGCGCACGCGUUCUUGCAGCAAUACGGUUGCAUCGUUUAAUCGUAAAUAAACAUUUUUAAAACAUGUUUUUGUGCCAUUCCAAAGUUUAAACUCAAUUAUUUAUCGUUAUUUACUUUUAACUGUUAUUAAUAAAUCGAAGUGUGAUAUUAAAAAUGAGUGCCAAAAAGGUUAGCGAAACAAACACUAAGGUCUUCGAGGACGAGAACACAGACUCUGGUUUUCUGUCCGGGCCUCUCAGCGAGCAGCUGUUGUCCUCGGAGGACCUGAGCGAGGAGGCGGACGCCCCCGUGGCGCCCGCAGCCCCGGAUAGUAGCAAAAAAGUGACAAGUAGUAGUACAGAACUAGACAGUGGUAUCGACCUUUGUUUGUCGGAGUGCCUGGAGAAUGUGACCCUCAGUGAGCCGCCUCGCACGACGGUGCCCCUCAUCCAACUGGACGAGCCCGACAGGAGUCGGGAUGCUCUGCCUCUCUCCAUACUGUUUCAACAAGACGACGACGGAGAUACACAACUACACAUCGCAGCUGUCCACGGAUGCGAGAAAUCAGUCGGCACACUGAUAAAUGUGUGUCCGGACAAAGCGUGGCUCGACGUUCCCAACGACUAUGGGCAUACACCUUUACACCUGGCGGCCAUGAGCGGCCAGGCCACGGUCACCAGGAUGCUGGUCAUCGCGGGAGCCUCGAUAGCCUCCAGAGACUUGACGGGAGACACGCCGCUACACAAGGCAGUCGCCGGCAACUACACAGAGUGCCUGAGAGGCCUGCUGACGCCAGUGACUGAUCGACCCAUGAGGAAGUUGUCCACCGUAAUUAAUCAAAAAAAUUAUAAAGGCCAAACAUGUGUUCACUUGGCAGCGACGGCGGGCCGCGUCGAGCUGCUGCAGAUGUUGGUGUUCUACGGAGCCGACAUCAACGCCAGGGACGGCCUGGCGGGCUGGACGGCCCUGCACGUGGCGGCGCGGCGCGGCGACGUGUCCCUGACGCAGUACCUGCUGCAGCGCUGCAGCGGCGUCGCGACUGACGCGCGCGACUACGCCGGUCGCACGCCGCGGCGCCUCGCGCGCAAGAAUCGCGCCGCCACGCUCUUCGCCAACGUCGACGAGUCCGACGCGAGCAGUAGUGAGGAUGAGUAUGACAGCGACAGCGAUAGUGACAACCUGUUCGACAAAAUAAGACAAAGCAUCAAUCCGAUCAACGUGGCCUGAGACACUUGACUUCUCUUCUCUUCUAAAACAAUAUAUAUGAACGCGGAACUACUAAAAAAGACUGGAGAGGAAGAACGAAUCAUGCAGAAGAAGAAUAAGGCAGGGACAUAGUUGCCUGAUAUAUCGGUAAUAAUGUGUAAGACAUUUUGUAAUACAUGUUUGGUUUGACAGUGCCUUGACUCUUUGCACCAGUAAUAUAUUGUGUUCGCCAGGACUGCAAUGGAUGGAGAAUAUUACAGUGAACAGUUGUUUUAUGUAACUCGCUCGAAAUGGAGAAUAUCAGGCAGGUAUAAUGAGAACGCAUAUAUACAGGGUGCAAAGUAAUUGAACUUGCAUUUCAAAAGCGCUUGUAUUUUUCGAAUUAAUUUCAAACAGUAUUAAGAGGAAACCAUAAACGCUUAUUAUUAGGGUUGUCUACUAGAAAAAUAAUCUGCUGUGCUAGAUUAUUUUUUUAUAUUAUUAACACAGACGCAAUAUAGAAACUAGCUGACACCGCGCGACUUCACCCGCGUGGUUCCCGUUCCCGUAGGAAUACGGGCAUAGUAUAUAUUCUUCCUCGAUAAAUGGGCUAUCUAACACUGAAAGAAUUUUUCAAAUCGGACCAGUAGUUCCUAGAUUAGCGCGUUCAAACAAACAAACAAAUAAACUAAAACUAAAGCUUUAUAAUAUUAAUAUAGAUUAAAGUCUCAACAAAAAAAUACAUUUUAUAAAGCUAAAAAAGAUCUGAAAAUUUGGAAAUAAACAAUGGUUUACUUAUAAAGUUGUAUUUUACUGGAAACUUUGUCCAAAGCUCAAGCUUUAAUUUAGAACUUACACUUACUUCCAGUGUCUUGGUAAGAUCUGGAAUCAUCUAUACUUACUCGAAUAUUACACAUAUUUAUGUACCUAUAUAUUUAUAUCUAUGUAUGUAAAAGAGUUGUAGAGUCUUAGUACCCAUAACACAAACUAUGCUAAUUUUGGGGGUAAAAAGCAGUAAGUGUUUCGUUCUAAUAUAUUAUUAUUUAUAAUUAUGUAUUUAUAUUGAAAAAACAAAAAGUUGGCAGCCCUAAUUUGCGACAUUUUAUGGAGAUAAAAUAGAUUUUCCUCUUAUGCAGCUAUUUUGGUCAUUUGUGAAUUUUCAUUCAAAAUAUAGAAAUUCUAAAUAUAACACAGGAAAAUAUAUUUAUGAAUAAAUUCAUAUACAAAACUAAAAAGUAAAAUAGAUAGUAAUAGGAAAUUAUAGUGAUUUCCUUUAAAAAUAAUAGGAAUAUUAUAAAAUUCCCACCACAAUAAUUAACUAUGAAUCAUUUAUUUAUUUGUUUUAAUUAUAACUAAUUACUCCUUCUGUGGUGAUCUUUUAAAGCGGCUUUUCCAUAGUUAUAGGAAAAUCAGUCAUUAGUUAUUGAUUUUUAACAUGCAUAUAAGGAAAAUUUCAAUUAAUAACCAUUUUAUAUGAAGUUUUUUUCAAGUAAUUUGGAUAGACACGUUCCCUGUUAUUGCAAGAACACCAAAACCAAGACAGUCUUUGCUUUACUCCUCUGAUUUCUCCAAAUAAUAUAUUCGCAAGUAAAUAUUUCUCCAUCCAUUGAAUGGAUUGACAUUUAAUUUAAUUAAUUGUGUAUUUGCUAUAUUGUACAAUUGUUUUAAGUGUCAACAAGUAUAGCAAACGGUACUAUAAGCAUGCUUAACUAGGUCCGUCAGUAUAUUGAUACUAAAGAACCUAGUCAGGUUUCGCUUUGACAGAUACACAAACCAAUCGCAAGAAAGCUAUUGGCGACAGAGUUUUUACUCGCUUAUAAUAUAUAGGAUGAUAUAUCGCCUGCUAUACUGCGCGAUAUGAUAUCAGAGAUGAUGUCUGCAUUCUUAACUCUCGUAAUUAAUCACAUUAAAAUCAAGUUGAAUCAAAAUAAAUAUAAUAACUGCAUUCAGCAGUUCGUAUUCAUACUAAAAAAGGGGUAGUAAUUAGUUUGUCAAACACUUUUGUUGCUCUCAAUACAUACGAGAAUGGAAUCCAUGACCUUUGUGUCAGUAACAGUUGUAUGUGGAGCCAGCAGUGCUACGUAAUACUGUGUGUUUUAUGGGAAUGUUGUCUUCCUGUAUAUAAUAAACAAAUUGUUGAUGCUAAUCCAGUCGUCCAAUUAAGGCAAUGAUACUCAAAGUUUAGAGUGUAUAAAUCUCAGAAAACUGAAAGUGUCAAGGACUUAAGGGCACACCUGAAUUAGCAUCAACAGGUUUAUUGUUUAUUAAAAUAUCAUAAAUAUAUAUUAUUAUGUUAUUAUUGUACUUAUUAUAAUUAUAAAAGUUUAUAAUUAUGUUUCUAAAAACUUGUAUAGUAUAAGAUCGAUUUGAUAUAGUUUCAAUAACAAAUAUGACAGAAUAUGUGGAUUGAGUAUCUGCAUAUUUUGCUAUUUGAAGUAUAACAAUCUCUGAAACUAAAUACUAAAUUAUGAUUUUGUAUGUUAUAUAUUCUAUUUGCAUUGUACACGUCAAGAGAGUUGAAUUACCCACGUUGUUAUGAAAGAACGCCUUGCCUCUUAGAUACUUAAAAUUCACCUAUAAAAAUGGCAAAAAUAUAUCCACCUAAUUGUUGUCCUGAACAUUAGAUUCCACUAAAGCUAUUGUAGCUCACGUUUUUAAUUAUCAACUUUCGUGAUGUUUACUUUAAUUAAUUUAUUUCAUAGUACUUAGUAGUAAUCAGUCUUGCUCGUACUUUCAGCUGAAAGCGGCAGUUAAGACGUCCCACUUAUACUAUAAUCGUAGUGCAAAAUCUUUCGCAGACAACAUUGAAACUUUUGCACUCUCGGUUAAACCUGCCCUGUGUUAUGGAACGUUCCAUAAAUAUUGAAACAAUGAUAUGCAGGAAGUACCAUAUUGAACAUAUUAAUAAAAUAAAAUAAAAAUAGCCUUUAUUCUCUGACUGUUGAUUACAUAUUAUACUUAAUACUAUUUCCUUAGUUUCUAUUACACCAGAGCAGUCAGGUUGUCGACAUAGGCCUCCUCCUUUGCCACUCUACUCAGUCUCUAGCUUUUCUUCGCCAUCCUUUCGGCAGGUCGUCUUCCUAUAUUUUGUGUGAUCGUCCUUGCCUUCUUUUCCCAUCUCUGUGGUACUAUUGUAUGACCUCUUUGGACCAUUUUUCUUUUGAGGGUCUGACCACAUGUCUAGUCCAGUCCCACUUCAGCCUUUUUACAAAUGUCUGUUACACCUGUGGCUUUUCGGAUUUUCUUUAAACUCCACUUGUCCUUUAAGUUUAUAUGCAACAUGCUUCUUUCCAUCCCAUGUUAGCAUAUCUUCAGCCUUGUUGGUGGCCUUGGGAAUGACAAAAAGCCACCAACAAACGCUGAUUGUAAAUGUUAUUCAAUGUCAUAUAAUUGUCAGUAUAUAAUGUGCUUAAGGAAUUUUGCCAUCUUGCCGAUGUGUGUAGUAAACUCAGCCUAGCUACGCCAAAAUACAUGUUCCGUAAUACAUGGGCCACAGCCACAUUCUGUAGCGUCAAUUUACAGUAAUGUGUGUGUAUGUAUGCCGGUAAAUUGCUUAAUAACACUGUUGUGUGAAAAAGAAAACACAGUACAAUGUUGCUAGGCAAUUUAACGUCACCACACAAAUGACAGUCAGUAGCUCGGCCACUGUCGUCACUUGUGUGACAUAAAGUGUUCUAAAUGUUCCGCACAGAAUCGUGCCCUCUCUGACCACUAGUGUAUGGCAUGCCUUUUUGUUACAUGCUUGCAUAUACUCAAUAUGUUUGUUUUAAUAGUACAUAUCUACACACUAUGGACGAUAAUGUCUGUGCAUACACGAGUGAUCGGUGAUAGAUUUUAUGUUAGAAAACGUUAUUUCAUGUAAACGUUCGGUUGUGUCGAGUCGUGCAGCAAAUGUUGAAACUGGCACAAGUACCUAAUUCAGCGAACAGAAAACUCUUCAUCGUAAAACACAAAGUAUCUUGUAGCAUGCCACAUGCAUUCGUAUCGCUCUCUGAAUCCUUUGAUGCACGACUCGACACUUGAUUUUUUUUAUUUGUAUAUUCACUAGAUAAGAUUUCUUAGCCUAUUUUUUUGCUAAUUCACGUGCAACAAUCAACAAAUUAAUUUUACAGUUCCAAAUACUGGGUAAUAGAAUGUCAUGUCGAAACAGAAACAAAGAUGUUUCUGUCUCUUCUUUCUUUACAUUUUUGUUUAGAGCUGCUGUUUUAAUGUGGGACUCAGUAGAACAGAGACACGUGUAUCCAGACACGUGUAAUGUGACGCGAAUAGUGAAGCGCGCAAUGUCAAUGAGUUGCCUCUAUGUGUUCAAUAAACAGCUCUUGUGUUCCAGCUAAAAGCUGACAGCCGAGGGGCUGACGUCUCAUGUUAUAUCCAGACAAAAUAUUCGCGCUACAUUACACAGCUGUAUCACUAUUUUACAUGUAAAUCUGGUAGAUAGGUUAGAUUGUAAAGAUGUAAAACUAGUUGACCAUAAGUAUUUUACUGCACACGUUUGUGCUAGUGUGUUGAGUAAGGGUUCAUUUACACGAGCGGCAACUCAACCGACGACCGCAGCUGCCGCACGUGUAAAUGAACACUAAUGUAUGAGGGCCUAUAUAUCAUGGGUCCGCUCCCCGAAUGGCCAACUAGUUCUGCACAGUGGUGUGAUAUACUGGCCACUAUUGCCUCGCACUCUUUUGACAGUGACGAAGGGUGCCCCGGUUAAGGCAAAGGUAUGUACCGAUUUAAAUCUUCGUGUACCGAAUUGGCAACUUUGUGUACAAUUCCUAUAACUGGGUCUUCAUUCUCUAUAGCAAUUUGGCAUUUAAAAAAUAAAGCGACGUCACAAAAUGCAAUACAGACUAAAGAACAAUGACGUCAGGCGCCGAGCGCCGCGGGGCGUACACCGUUUGCAUACUUGAUAUUGAUGAUAAUCAGUUUCGCGUUCGUACUAUAUAUACUAUAGUGUUUCCUAGUCUCUUUUAAGAUGUAUUUAACUGUAUAUUUAUUGAGGGAUGCUGAUGGUUAUAAAUGAAAUACUCAGUGUGAUAGAACCGCGUGUAAAAAAUGUUGAACUAUAGAUUAAUUGUAUAGAUAAGUCGUUUUGUUAAUAGGUAAAUUGUUUUCAUUUGUUCGUCCUAAUCGUUAUACUUAAUUAAAUUGAUUAAAAUUACUUUUAUAAGACAAAUUAUCUUUUUAUUUGAACCUCUUUCGCGCAGACGGUGUGCGCUCGACGUCACUGUUAGAACUGAAUAGCUUUGUUCGGUUGUUGUAUUCGUUGUAUUCAAAUAGCUCGGCUAAGAUGUUAUAUUAUGGUUUGUAUCGUAUAUUCAUAUUUCAGUUAUAAUAUAUCGAAUAAUAUAUA